AACAAUCUCUCAAUCUCAAUCGCGGUAAAACUAACCACCUUCUCGUCUCUCCCAAUAACAAACCCUAGAAUCUCUCCCACACCUAUACACACACCUAUACUUACACUCCCCGGUGGUGAUGGACUACCAGCAGCCGCACCAUAGCUACGCUAGACCUCCACCGACGUUGCCGCCUCCACCGUCCGAUCCUAAUCACCACCAGCAACAACCACCUUCUCUGGCCCCACCACCGCCGGGGCCCUCCUGGUACUCCGGUCAGUUCCAAUACGCCGCCCAGGCGAAUCAGAAUCACCAGCAGUGGGCCCCGCCUUAUCCUGCGCCACCGCCGCAGCCUUAUGCUGCGCACCACCAGUAUCAGCCACCGCCUCCGCCGCCUCCUCCUCGGCCGCAAGCGUAUCCGCCUCAGCUCAAUCAGGAAUGGCAUAACUCGGGUUGGAAUCAGCAUCAAAAUCAACAAUUGCAGUACCCAGCACACAAUAAUGGUGAAGAUUGGGCUGCAAAAGCCAGAGCAUGGGCAGCUGCACAGAACUCUUCGGAUAAUCAAUAUCCCCAGUCCCAGUAUACAUCAUUUAGUAGAAAAGAAGAAAAUCAGUAUUCAGUGCCUAACCCACAGUAUGCAGAUGGACAACAUUUUCCAGUUGCUGCUUCAAGCUAUCAACAAUAUCAAGCUUCUGUUGCACCACCUUACCAGUCAUCAGAGUCAUCCUUCAGCUCUGGAUAUGUUCAAGACGGUCAUAUGCCGUUCAAUGGUAGAAAUGGCAGCUUAGUAGGCGGAACAAAUUCUGCCUUGCCUCAUCAAGAAAGUUCUCCUUCGAAUGCAUCAGUUCACCUGCAGGAGGUACCUUCUAGUUAUUCUUCUUUCACAGGUAAAGAAGACAUCACAAAUCAGAGUGAGCAGUUCUCUAAGUCACCUUGGGCCUUUACCUCGACCUCGCAGCAACAAGCUCAGCCUGCUGCAGAUGGCAGAGCACUUCCCAUGGAGCAGCCUCAGUAUGCAUUUAGCCAUCAGUCAGCUGGGCCCCCUAGCGAUCUUAGUGAUCAACCAUUAGAUUUCAACCCUAGUUAUAACCGUGACCAUAAUCAACAUGUGCAAUCUAACUACUCUCGUAAUGCUGGGGUACCCUUGAGAGACCUAGAGAGUCCUUCAGAUGUAGCAUCUAUCCAUGCUUGGAGUGCCUCUGCUGCACCUGGUGUAGUCUAUCCUCCAGUGCACCCACCAGGCCCACAGGUAGAUCCUUCUUUAUCCAUCUCUUCACCUGUUUCGGGAAACUUUGGACCACUGUUCGGAAGGAUUUCAGGACAAAACUUCCAGCCACUGGGUCAGUCAGUUAGUAUGCCUUUUGGUGGCACGGGAACUUUUUCUGGUGAUGGAUUUGGGGCUUCUGGUGUUUCUGAUCGCACAAAAAAGCCCUCUGUUCCUAACUGGCUAAGAGAAGAAAUCAUAAAGAAGAAAGCUGUUAUAGCAACUUCUGCUCCAGAUUUCUCUGAGGACCCUAAUUCUGUCGCAGAGGAUGUAAUUGACAAGUCUUUUGUGAAAGGAGAUCCAGAUAGCAGAAGUAUUGACUCAUCUAGGUCAACAGAAGAAGAGGACGAUGAAGAGGAUGAUGGCGAAAUUGCUAGAACUGCAGCGAUAAACCAGGAAAUAAAACGCGUGUUGACUGAAAUUCUGUUAAAGGUGACCGAUGAACUUUUUAAUGAAAUUGCUACUAAGGUUCUCAGUGAAGAAGUUGACCACAAUAAUGCCUCUGUAACUCGUGACGUAUCACCGUCUGCACCAGAAAUUCCUACCCCCAAGGCUUCUGCAAAGGUUUUGAUUACAGCACGGACCAGUGGAACUGAAUCAGAUGAUACUAAAAAAUUGACAAGUGCUCCUGGAGAUUUGUUGGGACUUGCUAGUUAUGCAUCUGAUGAUGAUGAGGAUGAUGAAAGUCAAAAUGUUGGUGUUCCGAAUUCCAAGAGAAACACUAUAGAUCAGCCUUCGACCAACAAAAUGCUUUCAAAUGAAUAUUCAGCAGCAGAAGCUAAAGAAAAUAUGAAUAAGAACUUUGUUUCGGGAAGUGAUGGAAGGAUGUUUCCUAAUGGGAGCUCGGGCAAAUAUAGGCCUGAUAAUGAACUUAACAAUAAUGGACCUAGCAGAGAAUCUUCACAUGGCUUCUCACCUGAUGAUGCUGUAGAUGUUGAAAAUAAAGCUGAUAUUGCCACAUCAACAGAUAAUAUCAAGGGCCAAGCGAAAACAGAGUUGUCAAUUGAGAAUUUUGGUUCCAAGAAGGUAACCUCAGGUGAUACUGAAGUUAGGGAAGACAGAAAAAAGACAGAUGACAAGAGACGGAGUUCUGCGGGAAAAUAUAUUGAUAAGGAACCUGGGGGUGAUGGAGCGCAUGCAAGGGGAGAUGAGAGUCAUAGGAGGCAGGAGGAGAGGAAAGUGAAGAAGGAAAAGAAAAAUGACUAUGAUGAGUCAAAAGAGAAAUCAAAGGAACAAGGUCUUAAGUCUGUGGAAAAGUACAUGGACCCAAACUCCAAGAGAAGAUCUAGUCAUCGUAAUGAUAAGGACAUGAAGCAGACAGAUAAGGACAGAAGUAGAAGUAAAGAAGCUAGCGAAAGGAAAAGGGAUGGAACGAGGGAUGAGGAGGGAGAAAGAUCAAGAGAUAAGCUUACAAGUGACUCGCGCAGACACAAGAGACACCGUUCUCCUUCAGUCGGUAGUAAGGGUAGAGAUGACAAGAACCACACAGUAGUUGGUCAUACCAAAAAUUCUAGUGAUGACGAAUCUUCAGGAGACUCCAGAAGAAAGUCACGUACAAGAAAACGUAAGUCAUCUCCAUCACCUGACAGAUCUCGCAGAAGACAAGUUUCGAGGUCUCCACAUAGCAAGCAUUCUCAGCGCAGGCAUUCCCCCUACUCUUCUCUUGAGACAACCAGAGGAAAAAGAUCAAGAUCCAAGUCACCUGCUCGUCGUAAAAGAUGAUUAAAAAGGAGCACGGGAGCUGGAACGGAUUUCAAUUCGGAGAACCCUUGUUGUGCUGGUAGAAUUCAUAUGCGAGUAUGUGAUGAUGCCUAUUGUAUUGCAAGUGUUUGCAAGUUUAGGAUAAUAUGUCAAUUUUGUAGUGCGUGAUUUUUUUUAGUUCAAUGUAUGGGUGCUUGGUGGAGCUGUCCGGACAUAUAUCUAAAAUUCCUAAAGUUUCAAAAAUUUCAAAAUUUAUGUAGCCUUUAAUUGUUUGCAAA